AAUUAUCUAUCUAUUUGCAUAAUUUAUGAUCGGUAAUGUUCUGCCCAUCCUACAUAACUUAUGUCAACAAAUGUUACAUUACUUCAUUCCCAUUCAAACUGCGGAGAGAUACUAGGAUGACACAUCCGUUCACAUAGAUUAUGACUGCACAAACCAUUUAUAUCGCCAGGGGGCAUCCCUAAUCAAAGCAUAAUUAUGAACACAAUGAGACUGAGUGUUCAAAGUCCAGCCUUCUCACGUCACAUGACAUCACCGUGAACAUUGACCUAACCUGAACAACUUGCCGCCAAAAAGAUAUGUUCGUGAAACUUGGGGGACAUACAAGUUCAUCUACACAGGACUAAAUCAACAUUGACCCUCGAGCCCUAAUAUUGAUUGACGAUGGCAGCUCCCAAGGACGAGACUCAAGCAAUAAAUCGCGUCUCAGGCGACUGUUCAGAAACACGCCCCCUUCUGGAGAAACACGAGAAUGACAACCGAUCUCCUAGCAGGUGGCGAGCCCCGAUGGAGCCCCUCACUGUACUUGUUCUACUCGCCGGUUGCUUUCAGGACAGCGUGUAUGAACAAUACUUUUACUACUAUCAGUGCAAGAGAUAUAACGUGACCUUCUCAUUUGGUUCAAACGCCUCGAAGUGUGAGAACACGACAAUUCCGGUACGCGAGAACCAAAUAACGGCACAAGCCCAGGCCGCCAGAAUGGCUCUUUACCACAAUGUUGCCCUCUACUCUACCGUGUGCAUUUCCUCCAUUUUACUCGGAGUGUGGAGUGAUCGGAGUCGCCGGAGAAAGAUCGCCAUCGUGCCUUCAGUCUUCGCGGGCAUGGUUAAGGCUACCGUGUACCUACUCUUCAUAUCGCUUGAUCUACCUUUUUACACAUUUUUCCUCCCCGGUAUUGUCCUCUCUGGCUCGCUGUGCUACUACUUUUCUGCUUUAGCUGGUAUGUAUGCCUACAUGGCCGAUAUAACCUCUCCAAGUCAGCGCACGUUCCGUCUGGCGGUACUGUACAUGUGCGAGGGGUUAGGAGCAGGUGCCGCAGCCUUUCUCUCUGGUUACUGGCUUGAUCGGCAAAGAUCGUUUACCAAUCCAAUAUGGCUAUCCCUUGGACUUUUCGGUUUCUGCUUCAUUUACUCAGCUUUCUUAGUUCAAGAUAACUCCCACGUGGAAGAAAAACCGUCUUUCUGUGCCCAUCUCCGUAAAGUUGGGGGAUUGUUCAAAGCAAGGUCCGGCUCUGACGACAAGCGGUGGAGACUGUGGUGCUAUUAUAUCGGUCACCUUCUCGACAUUUUUUCACAAGGCGGGUUCUCGGUCAUUGCUAUCCUGUACAUGAUGAACUCGCCCUUCUGUUGGGACCCCACGUCAGUUGGAACGUUCAGUGCCAGUAUGAAUGUGGGGACCACGGUCUUCAGUGCCGCCGGAAUUCGGUUCUUCAGGCGCUGGAUGGACGACCACUGGAUAGCACAGAUAGGGAUGGCCUCCCAUGUGCUUGGAUGUGUCUUCAUGGCGUUUGCUCCCUAUUUUCCUAACACAAGGACAAUUCUCUAUUUUGUUUGUGGUUCUUGCUAUGAUUACGAAACUUGCUACGCUUCUCCCUUUUCUCCAGUGCCAUGUGUCAUGAUUCUCAACAAGAUGCAGAUAUCUGUGCUGAGAGGCCGGAUGUCACUGCUGGUGGACCGGGAUCAACAAGGGUUGAUCUUCGCCCUGAGUUCCUGUGUGGCAGGUUUCCUGAUCCUGUUGCAGUCCGUAGUGUUCCUGUCCGUGUACCGGGCCACCCUGCACUGGUUCCCGGGCUUCGGCUUCAUCCUAGCCGCAGCGCUGGACGUCUUGGUCGCCGCUAUGGUCGCAUUUCUCCACUGUCACUCAAGGGCGUCCGGUGAAACCAGUGUCAACGAGUCAAAAAUCAACUGAGUACAUAUCUUAUAUCUGAAUAGAUAGGAAAAUCACUUCAAGUAAAAUAAAGUAAUGAAAUGUUUUGUGGAAGGUCAUUGAAUGCUUUCUUUAAAUUAUACAUAAUAAGGUUUGGAAAGUUGAAUACAAGUGCUGCGCACGCUUUUCCUUUGGAACAUGAAGAUAGCUGGCAUUGAUUUUGUUUCUUUGUUGUCGUUCCAUCUAUAUUGUUACGCUAAUGAUAUCUAAUCGGGUUCUGCUUAGAGACAAUAAAACAUAGUGA